GUGGCGCAAGCUGGCCGUCUAUUUCUCAGUUGUUUCGUGUGGUGUGUCACCAAAAGGCCAUAAUGAAACGCGAAAUUGCAAAAUUAAUCGUUCUUGUUUUGCGUUUUUGACGAAUCUGUGAUAAUUGUGAAAUUCUAAACACCCCAACCGCUAGCUGUAAAUUCCCUAAAAAUAAACAAACGAAUUUCUAAGCCUUCUAGUUACGUCAAAUUUCCUAUGAUAGUUGGCUAAUAUCUAUGGCUAAUAUGGCCGCCUGAAGUACGACAGCAUUUCAUGUCUUUUGUUGUGUGAAGUGAGGUGGAAUGGAGCUUAGAGUGGGCAAUAAGUACAGACUAGGGCGCAAGAUAGGCUCCGGGUCCUUCGGGGACAUAUAUUUAGGUACCAAUAUUUCCACGGGGGAGGAGGUCGCAAUUAAGCUAGAAUGCAUCAAAACGAGGCACCCGCAGCUCCACAUAGAGUCGAAAUUUUACAAAAUGAUGCAGGGGGGAGGUAGGUAUGAGGCCCCAAAAAGUCCCAAAAUUCACUCUGUUCCAGUGGGGAUCCCCCAAAUGAAAUGGUGCGGCUCGGAAGGUGACUACAACGUCAUGGUGAUGGAGCUCCUCGGACCAUCCUUAGAAGACUUAUUUAAUUUUUGUUCACGUCGUUUCUCCCUGAAAACAGUUCUCCUCCUAGCCGACCAAUUAAUAUCACGUACUGACUUCAUCCACUCGCGGAACUUCAUCCACCGCGACAUCAAACCCGACAACUUCCUCAUGGGUUUGGGCAAAAAGGGUAACUUAGUUUAUAUAAUCGACUUUGGGCUAGCGAAAAAAUACAGGGACGGACGGACCCACCAGCACAUACCCUACCGAGAAAACAAAAAUCUAACAGGUACGGCGCGAUAUGCGAGCAUAAACACGCAUUUAGGGAUAGAACAGUCACGAAGGGACGAUUUGGAGUCGUUAGGUUACGUUUUAAUGUAUUUCAAUAAGGGCUCGCUGCCGUGGCAGGGCUUGAAAGCGGCCACAAAGAGGCAAAAGUACGAGAGGAUCUCGGAGAAGAAGAUGUCCACGUCCAUAGAAGAAUUGUGCAAAGGCUUUCCGAUGGAGUUCCCCACCUACUUGAACUACUGCAGACAGUUGAGGUUUGAGGAACGGCCCGAUUAUAGCUACUUGAGACAGCUCUUCCGUUCACUUUUCCAUCGCCAAGGUUUCACCUACGAUUACGUAUUUGACUGGAAUAUGCUCAAAUUUGGGGGCUCGCGGGGCAGCCACUGCGAGGAGAACACCGGCCGUUCGGGCACCCGUUACGGUAGCCACGCGGCUACCCCCGGGGACUCCACUCCCACAGCCCCCCAGAGCCGCACCCGGCGCCCCCACGACCGCAUGGACAUAGUACCGGCCAACAGCGCCGCCCCCAACCCUCUCGAAGACGUCAUCAGUAGCAACUCGCCCCGUUUGUAUGACAGCCACGAACGGCGCGUGUCAAUGCGACUCCGUCAGGGGGCCCCCAAUGCCUCCACCUCAGAUUUGAGCAAUUCGAAGCAAGCAAAGUGACGCCUCCGGAGUAGCAAUGGCGCCCCCCAACCAGACGGCGGGACAAGCAGGCCCGCCUAGAAGAGGAAGCGCCUCCAAAGACCCACCAAGACUUAAAAAGUGAAACAGUGGUGAAGGAGAAGAGGUUUGAGAUGUGUGAUUUUGUUAAGUUUCGUAACUUUGAUUUCGUAUGUGCAAUGGAAUUAAUUUCAACUCGUUUUGUGAUAAUUUUUUACACUUUUUGUCGUUUGUUUUGAGAUGAGAGUUGAGGGAAUUGAAGUUACGGUUGGUUUUUUCAAUUAGAAGAAGAGACAAAUUAACUGAAACAAAUUGAAACGAAAUCUGUUUUACCUGCGGGACUUUUGUACAUAUCUAGACUGAUCAACUAUUGUGUAUUUUGUUGUAUAAUAGCAUAAGUGUUUAGGUUUCUUUUGUGACCAGUUUGUAUAAGAGGAAACAAUUAAUUAAUUAGUUGGUGCUUUGGCAUUGACUCAAUUUUGUAACAAAAACAUUAUCACAAGAUAUUUGUUGAUUAGUUGUGAUUGUUUUUCGUGACAGUCGUUGUCUCAUUGUGUUCUAAUUGACUGCAUUUCAAUGUUUUGUUCCUAUGGAAAAAUUAAGUUUAUAAUUUAUACAAAUAUUGUAAAAUAAUCACAAAAAAACUAGUAAUUUAAUGUAAUUUUGAUACAAUUAAAAUUAACCGCAAUUUAGGUUUUUCUAAUUCAUUUCUAAUAUUGUAUGCUAGAUUUACGCGAUUAUUCUGUAAAUAAGAGAUGGUCUUAAGUGUUGUACAUUAUAAAUGAAAAAUAACCUCAGAAUAGUGCAUUAUUUUGUAAAUUUUGCUGGUAAAGAAUCUUUUUAAGUACUUAGACUUGAAAAUUGAACCACAGUUGUGUAUUUACUGUUAGCAUUACCACAGCAUAAUGUUACAUGUUUUUUUGUUUUCAAGUGUCAAAAAACAAAAAUCAUUAUUUUUGUUUUAUUUGCUGCACUAUGUAUGUUAAUUACGAAAUAAAAGUCACUAAAGUUGAUUUAA